UUAGGGCUGGGGUUUGGGAAUUAUCGCUUUCCUUCUUCCCUCUGAUUCUGCGAUCAAAAGAGGGCUGGGGUUUAUAAUUAUUAAUUAUCCAUCAAUUUGUUUUCCGAUCUUCCUCUUCUGCGGUCAAAAGAUUACAAAGAAGACGACGAAGAAGCAGUUCUCGAGAGAUUCGGAGUAGCAGAGAAGAGUUUGAUUUGGGAGAAAAAUGGGGGAGAGAAAGGUGUUGAACAAGUACUACCCGCCGGACUUCGACCCUUCGAAGCUUCCAAGGGUUCGGAGGCCGAAGAACCAGCAGAUUAAGGUCCGAAUGAUGCUUCCCAUGAGCAUCCGCUGCAACACCUGUGGCAAUUACAUCUACAAGGGCACCAAGUUCAAUUCUCGCAAGGAAGACGUCAUUGGCGAGACUUAUUUGGGUAUCCAAAUAUUUAGGUUCUACUUUAAGUGCACGAAAUGCUCAGCGGAGCUUGCAAUGAAGACGGACCCGCAAAAUUCUGAUUACGUUGUUGAGUCGGGUGCAACACGGAAUUUUGAACCUUGGCGUAAUGAGGAUGAGGAAGUAGAUAAGGAGAAACGGAAAAGGGAAGAAGAAGAGAUGGGGGACGCAAUGAGAUCUUUGGAGAACAGAACCUUGGAUUCUAAAAGAGAGAUGGACAUCUUGGCGGCUUUAGAUGAGAUGAAAUCCAUGAAGUCGAGACAUGCAGCUGUUAGUGUUGAUGCAAUGCUAGAGGCCUUGGAGCGCUCUACUGCUCAAAAGGAGAAGAAAUUGGAGGAGGAGGACGAAGCCCUAAUAAGAUCAAUCGUUUUCCAUAGUUCAAAAGAUUAUGUCCAUCGGAUUGAUGAUGAAGAUCUCAAUGAUGAUGGUGAUCUGAUACAUCUUCCAAGUAGCAAUGGUGAAACUUCCAGUAGCAGUCUGAAGAAGCAAAAGGUUUCCCCAGAACCUCCUAGUAACCCAACCGAUUUCUUGACAAGCACCAGUACUUCUGAUAGCUCCAUCAAUAAAGGAAAGCCAAGCGAUUCUGGAGCUCAAAAUAAAUCCGUUUUGAAGACUUCAACAGGCAUGGUUUCUGUUAUUAUGAAACCAAUUGCAGCUUCCAAUUCUAACAAAACAGGAAAACUAGACGAUAAUAAUAUUCAAAACAGCCACAGCGAUAAAAGUCUUGCAAAAGCGGAGGAGAAAAGGGAGGAUAGUAUCAAUAGUAGAAGUAACGUACUCCAGUCGUUGUGCCAAAACUAUGACGACAGUGAUGAUGACGAAGAAUAAGGGUCAUCUCGGAUUAUUUUCCCCUUUUUCCUGCAAGAUGUUUUCCAUUUCCAUGCAAAUGGAGAUAAUUUCCUGAGUUUUCGUUCUUGGUUAUCUUGGCUUAUCAUCACAUUUUUGUAAGAAUCUGGUCUUAAACUACCAUAUCAGGCGGUUAAUUUGUUUGGACAAAACUUGCACUUCAUGACUUGUGUAUCUGUACAGAUAACAUGUGUACAAAGUCGUCGUUUCUUUUUUGGCAGUCCAAUGCUUCAUGACGCAUGAACUUUGAUGA